AUGGCCGCUCUUCCAUCGAAGAGGGCGCUCGCCUCGCUCGCAUCGCUGCGAUCAGCACUGCAGACCAUCAGCGCAGCACGAGUUGCGCCCAUCGUCCAUCGCUACGCCUCGUCUUCGCUGCACACGUCAGCAUCGUGCUACAACGCCUCUACAUCGGCAGCCUCCUCGUCUUCAUCCACCAUCCUGCCGCCAACACCAUCCGCCGCCUCACCAGCAGACGACCUGCACGCAACGGAAUUUGACUUUGACGGCGAGACAUACACCAUCCCGCCCAUCUCCGAGGGUGACCUCAUCGCCAUGCCUAACAAGCCCGACCUCGUGCACGUCAAACUCUCCACCCUUCGCCCACCCUCACCCGCAAAAUCAUACGUGCCCCUGUCGACACACGUAUUCGACGCGCCCGCACGACGAGACGUGAUCCACUCGGCAGUCGUCUACUAUCUCGACGCGCAACGUUCCGGCACGGCAUCCACCAAGGGUCGAUCCGAUGUGCGUGGUUCCAUGCGAAAGCUUCGCCCACAAAAGGGAUCCGGUCAGGCGCGAUUGGGUACCAUGUCGAACCCCAUCUUGCGCGGUGGUGCCGUGGCGCAUGGACCACGACCCAGGGACCAUUCGACAAAGCUCCCCCGACGUGUGCGAGAGCUGGCCUUGCGGUCAGCUCUGAGCUCAAAGUGGAGGCAGGGUGAUUUGUGCGUGGUGGAGAGAUUCGAUUGGAUGGCACCGCCCAGCUCGACUGGUCCGCUGUCGAGGUUGUUGGGAUCCAAAGGGUGGUCCGAUGCACUGUUCUUGACUGCACCAAGGGACCCACAGCCCUCGAUCAGGUCGUUGAUCAAGGACGACAGACCGUCAUCUGCCGACCCGGUCUACGACGAACAGCAGAGACUCGACCACCAGCAGGCGAUUCGCAACUUUGUCCUCGCUUCCAACAACCUGCCGCGCGUGGAGCUGAUCGAGCUCGACUCGUUGACGGAGGAGUAUAGGGACAACAUUGCAAAGACCAGCGAAGAUAAGAAGAAGCCCGGCGAGCUGCACGCUUACGAGGUGCUCCGUCGUCAGAAGGUCAUUUGCGACCUGGGCGCGGUCGAGUGGCUCGAGGAGAAGCUGGGCGGUGCCGUCUUCCACGAGCAGGCCGAGUUGGACGGGGCUGCCGAGGAAGUAGAACAGCAGCAGCAGCCAGAGCCAAGCAAGACAGCUGCGCCAAUCACACAGAGUCAGUCCGUGCCCGAGUCAACUCCCUCAGCCACAACAGCAGCUCCAAGUGCAUGA